UGGCGCUGAUCGUCAUGCCUUUCACCAGGUUCCACUGCAAUGUCUGGUAUUCCCGCAUGCGAUGCUUCCUUCAACCAUAUCUCCAUGCAAGCUCAUUCUCGUUGAGCUUUCAUGAUGGGCGCAAAAUAUCCGCCCAUUCAGGGCGGUGGGUCACUCAUAUUGGCAUGGCAGAUUAAAGGAAGACGAGUUCUCAUCGUGGGAGGCGGAGAGGUCGCAGCAGGACGCAUAGUCAAUGUAUUGAAUGCUGACGCUAAAGUGAUCGUCGUGGCUCCAUUCGAUGGCCUCAAUGACGAAGUCGCAUAUCGUGUCGCGCAAGGCCAGGUCGAGCACGUCAAUCGCAAAUUCGAGCCAUCUGAUCUUGAUAACAUAGACAUGGUACUGACUGCUGUCGAUGAUCCGGAGGCCUCAUCCCAGAUAUACAGGCUUUGUAAAGAGAGACGGAUCGCUGCGAACAUCGCCGAUGUGCCUCCUGAAUGCGAUUUCUAUUUUGGAAGUGUUCACCGGGAUGGCCCCCUUCAAAUAAUGGUCAGCACCAACGGCAAUGGCCCACGACUAGCGAAUAUAGUCAGAAGACAGAUUGCGAAGAAUUUACCAGACAACAUCGGCGCCGCAAUCACAAAAGUUGGCCAACUUAGGAGGAAAUUGAGAAAGAUCGCCCCGGAGGAGGAGGAAGGCCCGAAACGAAUGAAGUGGAUGUCGAAAGUAUGCGACUCGUGGAGCCUCGAAGAUCUUGUCGAUAUGGAAGAGAAAGACAUGGAGGCAUUGCUUGGAUAUUACCAUCCGAAUGCAGUGCCAAGUCUCGAUAAUCUGCGACUCGGCGAAGAACCUGGGAUCUACCAAUUCGAUGGGUCUUUCGGAUGGAUGUAAGCGCUAUGAAAUAUGUUGUCUCUAAACACUAGUCAUUGGAAGCAAUCUGCUGCAAAUUGCUGUGUGUUCUACUGCGUAUGGACGUUUACCAAGAGUGGUAGUAUACCAAUGCUACAAAAUCAGUCUUGUAGUCGGGUACCCUGAGUCCGGCCAUAAUACUGCGUACGACAAUGCCCACGUGCGAACAUCACUUUCACCGACCGCUGGUUCACUUAGAACAUGUUAUGGCGUCAUACCCCUGCGAUUUUCCCUGAACGUCCCGCCGUAGCCUGAGAACCGUUUCCGCAACCCAUUCCCACUCG